AUUUGUGCUAAACUAUAACCACAUUCGAUGAGGUUGAGGGGUUCGAAGGGUAUUUAACAAUCAAGAUCGACUUCAGGCUGUACCAUGAUGCCAAUUACACUCCCACAUGCGUUGGACCCUGUUAUUCCAACCAUCCAUCCCCUCCAACCCCUCCAUCCCCGUAGGACUCCUCGGGACCCUCCUCGAUCGACGAGGCAGUGGUCCAUCGAGCGAGGGUCGCACGCUAGGAAGAUGCACGUUUACGCCAUACCUGGGACCCCGUCAUCCGCCUGUUGGGGACUCGGGAGUUGGGGGCCGGGAGAGAAGGAAGGAGAGGUGUAGUGGGAAGCUUGUUUGGUCACUCUGAGAAACCGGUCUUUUGCCUUGCCUACCUAGCUGAAGGGGAUGGGGACCACCAUGGGGUGGUAAUCUGGGAGACGU